AUGCCGGUCGGGACCGGAGCGCGCCCCGAGCCGGCUACAGACCCCCGAGCCGGCUACAGACCCCCACCCCGGCCCUCCGCUCGCAUGCUCGGUGGGCAGCGGCACAGCCCCACCGCCGCGGGCAGCCCCGCCCCGGCCCCGAGUGGCGGCGCCGGGGUCCCUCCCAGCCCGGCUUUGUCCCGGGAGGCGGAGGCCCGGUGCCCGCCCCGGCAGCAGCUCCCCGCUCACCAGGCUCCCGCGGCGGCGGCCGGCUCCGCUCGGCUCCGCACCGCGCCCGCCACGGCCGCCGCCGCCACCGGAGAGUGGCGAGCGGGGCCCCGCGUGGGCCGGGGGGCAGCGGCCGCCCCGCCCCGUCCCGCCCCGGUCCCGCCCCUCGGGCACGGCGUGGGCACGGCCCGGGCGGGAGCGGCGCCCCCCGCGCCUCCCCGCUCCGCACAAAGCGCUCUGCCCGCGCCCCGGCAGGCGUACGCGGCUCGCAGCCGCAUCCCCGCUGCACCCCCGCCCCGGCAGCGCUCCCGCAGACCGGCUCUGCCUCAGGGACAUCCCGGCGGGCAUCCGCCCCCGGGGCAUGCAGACACCCACACACCCAGCAGCCCCGCGCCGAUCCCAUAG